GGGAUAUAGGACACAAAAAUGCUGAAAAUCGACGAGAACCCUUGAAAAAUAAAUUUAAUAUGAUUUAAAGAAAUACAGUGUACUAAUGGCUCGAAAAUUCAAUCCAAAUAAAUGUGGACGUGUGACAAGCGAUGUGCUUGCUUUGCGCGUUAAGUUAAUGCUCAACAGAGGGCGCUUUCCAUUUGGCGCGUAAUCAAUAAAUCAAAACACGAUCGAUCGUAUGAUGAGGCGUGACGUGCAGUACGAUGCGAGGUAUACGUCCUAAGCCUAUUUAGCAGCAUGAUUAACAGAUUAGCCAGAAAACCAUACUCUACGUGCGUGCGAGGGCAGUAGCGUACAGCAACCAGGAACUGGAAGGAGAAAGUCAUUGUUGAGUGAUGCACACAAGGCAUCUCCGUUGAUGAACGUUUGUGAUCGGACAGCUGCGGAGCUUAUCACACAAACUGUGAAUUCUUGUGACGAGGUAUACAUGUGUUUUCGCUUUGUCGGACAGGAGUUGCCUGUAAUCAACUUCUAGAUUUUCAGCCUGAUGAAGAUUUGAAAAGCAGCAUUGCAAUUGACUUGUUUUUAGUGCAUCAUCUGUAAACUCCAUGUAUAAACCAUUGGAUGAAAUGGAUAGUUCUCCAGUCAAGACGAACGGGUCACCCCUGACUGAAAACACGGACACCGAAUUGGACCCAUCAGGCCAGUAUGCCAACAACAGUAACAACGUGACUGCAGAUGCAGAAGUUCCAUUGCCGAACACGGCAAGCAACGACGAGAGCAAAGAAAUGAAAACCGUGAACGGGUACGGCAAGCUGUCAGAUCAUGACGAAGAUGAGGAAGCGGAGAAGGUGGAGUUGGAAGAACUGGAAGCAGAAGUGGAGUGUGGCUGGCGCGGAUUGCGGCCGCGCUUCCUGCAGUGCUUUAACAAGCCCCCCGGCAUCUUACUGUUCCUGUGCCUGUUUGCGGUGACGCAGGGAAUGACCGUCAACGGUUUCGUCUACGUAGUCACCACGACGCUAGAGCGUCGCUUCAACCUCCCCAGCGUGCGUAGUGGUUCCAUCUCCAGCUCGUACGAUUUCUCCGUCAUGAUCGUCAUCACCUUCGUGACCUAUCUCGGUGACCGUGGACACAAGCCCCUCUGGCUAGGUGCCGGGGCCCUGUUGUUUGCCCUGGGCUCCUACACCUUCACUCUACCUCACUUCCUAACACCGUUCUACGACUUUCGCGCGUCAGACUUUGAGCUGUGCCAGCUUGACCGUAACAUCACAGACGCGUGCUCUGUAGAGGGUUCCGGGAGCGCCCUCGCCAAUUUUUUCUGGUUGUUUGUGUUCGCGCAGUUUCUGCAUGGACUUGGUGCGGCACCGCUGUACACGCUAGGUGUCACAUACAUUGAUGAGAAUGUUCAACCAAAGAUGACAUCCCUGUACAUUGGAAUCUUCAAUGCUGCCUCUCUUCUAGGCCCUGCUAUUGGUUACCUGCUAGGAGGUGCUUUACUCUCCAUCUAUACAGACAUCAGGGUGGACUCCAGCAGCUUGGGUAUAGACCCUGACAGCCCUCUUUGGAUCGGGGCAUGGUGGGUAGGCUUCCUCAUCAGUGGCACGUUGGCGUUAUCCAUCGUUCUACCGUUCCUAGGAUUCCCUAAAGCUCUGCCAGGUCAGAAGAAGCUCGCCAAGCUUCGCGUCUCUGAGUGCCAUGGCGGUCAUGACUUCUCAGCCCGGACGGGAUUCGGCAACAGCCUGCGGGAUUUCCCCCGUGCCGUCUUAGUCCUGAUUAAGAACCUACCCUUCAUGUUCAUCACUGCCUCGGCCUGCACCGAGUGGUUCAUCCUGUCUAGUUUUGCCGUCUUUGCUCCCAAGUUCCUGGAGUCACAGUUUAAUCUGACAUCAGGAUGGGCAUCCAUUGUUGUUGGCCUGACGGUAAUUCCGGCGGCUGUCUUUGGCUCCGUGAUCGGCGGCUGGGUGGUCAAACAUUUCAACUUGAUGUUCAAAGGAAUGAUCAAGUUCUGCCUGGCUAUGCUCAUUGUCUCUCUAUUCAUGAUUGGAUCGUUUCUCAUCAGCUGUCCAAAUCCAGACUUUGCUGGGGUGACUGUAGAUUACGAUAACAAUCGGUUUUACGAUGAAAGAGGAACAAACCUUUCAUCCACCUGUAACUCUGGCUGCCACUGCGCCGAUACCUUUGAACCGAUCUGUGGAGUAGAUAACGUCAUGUAUUACUCGCCCUGCCAUGCUGGAUGUGAGAUGUCUGAUGUCAAUCCAUCCAGCGGUAUCAAGUCCUACCACAAUUGUAGCUGCAUCACCGUCCCAGACAGCGUCAACGAUGGCGAUCCCAUUGCCGUCUCCGGCAAAUGCACCAGCAGUUGCCAAUGGCAACCAUUGUUCCUGGCUCUGCUCUUCCUAUUGGAGUUCUUCACCAUUUUGGCUGUCGUCCCGGCAACCACAGCCACACUUAGAUGUGUUCCUCAUUCUCAGCGCUCGUUUGCUCUGGGUCUUCAGUCGCUGUUUUACAGAGCAUUGGGUACGGUGCCAGGCCCCGUCAUUUUCGGCGCCAUUAUCGACCAUGCCUGCUUGCUCUGGGAGUACGACUGCGAUGGCUCGGGCACCUGCUGGCUCUACAGCAACGCCAACUUCAGCCGCUUCACGUUAAUCCUCUCCGGCUGUCUCAAGAUUGGUUCCAUUUCCUUUUUCCUAGCAGCGCUGUUCUCCUACAAACCGCCGACCAAGACCGUUGAGACUGGUUCUCCGGCGACCCGGCCAAGUCAGGAGGCCGGCACGGAGCUCCAAGAUGUUAAUGAACCUGUUUCUCUAGAAAGAAAAUGGCUUCUGAGUCGAUAAAGAAGGCAAGAUGGUCAAACGUGCAGCUUCUUGACUGUCACACUUGGGCCAAUAUGUUUUCCUGAUGACCAUGUGACUGAAAUUUGAAGAAAAAUCACUGCAAGUGUUCAGCCAUUUGUGAAGUGAUGUCAAAAUUAAGCAGAACUUGCCAGAGCUUCUCUAAAGUAAUUUUGGAUUUGUUGUCACGAUUAGUCUGAUUUUUACAUCCAGCUUAACAUUUUAGAAAUGAGUAUGGACAUUAAUUUGUGAAAGUUGAUAGCAUUAGCUGUUCAUAUGGAAAAUUCUAUUUGAAAUUGUCAAAACUUUUAAAUAAGGCAUUUUCUGAAGAAACCAAAACACUUUUGUACAAAUUCUUUUAAAAAUGUAUUGAAUUUAAUGUUUAUUUUAGUUUUUCUUAUUAUUAGUUUUUCUUAUUAUUUGAUCAAGUACAAAUAAACUUGUUAAUUUAUAUUAUGUAACCUAAAAAGAUUUGAUACACAGAGUUAUUUUUGUGGUUCAAGUUAAACCAUUAUGUAAGCCAGAAAUGUAUUCCCUAUUUUGAACGUUUUUUUUAACAAGCAAACACUAACACCGGUACCUUACUAUAGCUUCUGUAAUAUUAAAUUAUAUACAAUGUAACUCUUUUGAAAUAUAAUAUUUCUUGCCUAUAUAUUCCCACAACAUAUCUAACAUGGAUUUUGUUUCUUCAACUUUAAGUGAGUUAACAUUUAGGCAUUCCAAUUUCCUUACGCUCUCAGGGUAUAGAGGAUAUACAUGUGUAUAUAUCAUGCAAGAGUAUUCAACUAUGGGGUGAGUCAAAAAGAAAGAGACCUGGAUUAAUCCCCUUAAAAAGCAAGCAAAUUUGAUAAACUAAUGAAGCAUGUCUAAAAACAAGCAGUCUUCCACGCAUGUGAAAAAAAGACUUCAUUGAUCCAUGCUUUGAUCCAUCUUUGUUGUGUGUGUUUUUUGAAAAGAAAAAAAAGCUGAUUUUCUAAUUCAGUCACUCUUUCUUUUUCUUUUGUGACUCGCCCUCUACUAUAUAAAAGUAUAAUGCAGUGCAUUAAUAAACAAAGAAAAUCUCAUUCUUAUUUUGAACUACAUGUAUAUGUGUCCACGGCCGGCCACGGGCUAAGCAUUAUUAUAUUGCAGUGCAAGUUGGUAGCGGUGCUUGUAUAUGAAACUAUUUUCCGAGCAGAUGCUAUAUUAUCAGGAACUAUUUUCAUGGUGCUCAAUAUUUCUUAGCAAGAACUCGGUUACCAACCAAAAUGUCAUGCAGUGUGUUAUGCUUCUUACUGGUGUUCAUCUGAUUUAUGCUCAUUGAAUAAAUCUGCCAGGCAAUAUUUUGCUCUCUAUAACAUUGGGCCCUGGUCAAUAAUGACCUAUUGAUAUAGCUACUAGUAUAUUUUGUCAUGUAAUAUUUUUUUCUUUCUAAUGUUUUUUUUUUGGUAUUUGCUGUUUUCUUCUGUGGAAUUUGUAAUUUGGGUUCCUCCUGAUUUGUGGAAUUUGUAAUUUGGGUUCCUCCUGAUGCACAUGUGUAAAAAAAAAAAAAAACAUUGCCGUGAUGUUAGGAAUUUCUGUUAUUGUGAAAUAUUUGUAAUCAGAUGUUGUAAAUAUAUCUUUGAAUAAAACUGUUUGAAUUAAUAUUGAAACGUAA